AUGGCUCCACGACCUGCCAAACGGCAGCGCCGAUCCACCAUUGCUCUUUCGGACGAAGACGACGCGGAUUUCGGGCUUCCCUCCUCAAAACAAGCAAAAGGCGGCUCUCAGCGCGAGAUCACACGCGAUGGCAGGACUUCGACCACCGUGUCUCCGAUCAAGGGCACGAGAACGAGGCCAGCUCUGAAGAAGGCCGCAGCCACAUCGUCCCCCAUAUCCUCGCCAGAAAAGUCGCGAAAGAAUACCAAAGUUAAAGAUGACGCCGUGAAGAACAAGUCUCUGCAUAACUUCUUUGGAAAGGCCAGCGAGGAGCAAAGAUGGCGGAAGAAAUCACAGACCCCAGAUCUGGAAGUUGAGAACGGUGCCGAGUUGAGCGACGCCAUUGAGGACGACGAUCUAUCGGACGAGACGUUACAGGAACUUGGCUUGAAGAUUGACAAAUCAAGCAAGCCGGUGGAACGGCGCAAUCCAGGUCUACUACCCUCUGUAGGAGGUCACAAAGCAGGUACAAAUGGAGGAAGCCUGCCAUCCAGCCAGAGAUUCAUCAAGCCCGCGGUAACUGCUCGAAACUUCAUCAAUGCUACGAACGCGGACCGAGCAGAGGUAGAUGGCCACGCGCCGUGGGCCGAUCGCUACGGUCCUAACGAUCUUGAGGAGCUGAUGGUCCACAAGAAGAAGGUUGCUGAUGUGCAAAGUUGGUUGCAAAGCAAGAUUGACGGCCGGAACAACCAGAAACUCCUGGUCCUGAAGGGACCUGCGGGCAGCGGGAAGACCAUGACCGUGUCUCUGCUUGCGAAGGCUAUGGGCUUGCAAGUGGUUUCCUGGCACAAUCCGGCUGUCUCAGAAUCCGGACCAAACAACUCAAUCUCUGCACAGUUCGAUGAGUUUUUAAAUCGAGGUGGUCAGUUUGGUAGCCUGGCAUUUGACCAUGAUGUAUCUACUGGACAGGCUCCGGAGAGGGCAAUCAGCAAUCAAAUCCUUGUCAUCGAGGAGUUUCCAGCAACCAUGACGAGAUCCUCCAGUGCUCUACAAUCAUUCAGAGCUGUCAUUUCACGAUUCCUCGCACGAGCAAAACCUGCGCCUGCGAUGGUUUUUCGUGGACACCAGAGCUCCGAUGAGAUUUCUCCACCGGUCGUCAUCAUCAUAUCCGAAACACUUCUGUCUUCGUCCACCGCCCUGGCGGACAGCUUCACAGCUCAUCGGCUACUUGGACCGGAGAUUUUAAACCAUUCGUUUGUGACGACCAUGGAUUUCAACCCCGUUGCCGCCACCCUAAUGACAAAGGCUCUCGACCUAGUGGUGAAGAAAGAAGCGAGAGACUCGCGGCGCAGGCGGACGCCGGGUCCUGCGGUCAUCGCCAGACUGGCUGAGAUUGGAGACAUUCGCAGUGCGGUCAACUCCCUCGAGUUCCUGUGUCUCAAAGGGGACAUUGGCACAGAAUGGUCAGGCACCGUAGCGGCGAAACUCAAGCGCUCUUCCAAGGAUCAUGCAGCCCUUACAGAGACGGAAAGAAACUCGCUCGCCUUGUUGAGCCAACGAGAAACAACAUUGGACAUGUUCCACGCCACUGGCAAGAUAGUCUACAACAAGCGUGAGGAUCCUCGUGUCUUGGACACCAGAGCCGAACCACCCCCCAAGCCCCCGGACCACCUCAUGCAUUUGUACACGCCCAAGGUGUCGCAGGUGGACAUCGAAGCGUUGCUGAGCGAGACCGGCACAGAUAUUCAGACCUUCAUUUCCACCGUCCAUGAGAAUUACAUCCUCUCCUGCGGCGGCGACAAUUUCGAAGUCAGCUUCGAGGGCUGCUCGGAUAUCCUUUCGGUCAGCGAUGUAUUGAAUCCUGAGAAUCGUCCGAAUCGCCGUGGCAACGCUGCGAACCCCAAUGCCGGCAUUGUUCAGUCGAACUUUCAAGCCGGAUCGUCCGAUACGCUCCGCCAAGACGAGAUCAGCUUCAACGUGGCUACCAGAGGACUACUCUUCAGUCUGCCCUUUCCCGUGAAUCGAUCGGGGGCUGCAGUCCCAGGAGGUAAGAGGGGAGACGAGUUCAAGAUGUUCUACCCGGCAAGUUUGAGGCUGUGGAAGCCCAUGGAGGAGAUGCACGGGUUAUUGGACAUGUUUGUCUAUGGUGACGGGAUUGCGCCGAGCAGACCAGCAACAUCUGGCGCCGAUGGCCCGAUCAGUGACGGAGGCGUUGCGACUUGGCAAUCACGGAUUCUCGCCGAGGACUCGAUUUCGACAACAAUGCCGCAGCCGCCUAUUAAAUCAGAACCGUCAGACCAGGCUACCCGGUACCCUACGCUCAUGGGCGUGGGAGACGAGCAAGACUUUCCGCCGCCUCCGACCACCCACGCCAAAGAUGUCCUGACCCUCGAACUGCUUCCAUAUAGGACGCGCAUCCUCUCCGCACGGCACCAAGACACUACCUCCCUCGAGAAGAUCACCAAGUUCAAACCGACAAGCUAUCUUUCUACAGCCGAAGAUCACGCCGAAGAAGAGGACGACGAAGCGAUGGCCACCGCCCUGCCCCGCGCCACCAGAGCAGGUUCGAGCACGGCCAGUGGGAGGAAUGCUGCCGUAACCCGAGAGACGCCGUCAAUGGGCGUGGAGAAAAUGUAUAUCUCCGACGACGACAUUGAAGAUGACUGA